UUGGGCUAUAAAGAAAUGGGGAGAGAGAAAGUAAAAUUCUUCAUUGAUCUGCAUUUGUUGAUGAUGAACCCUUUAACAUUUUCUUGUCUUCAGAUAGUGGCUAAUCAACACGAUGGUCAAAAUGAGAUGCGCAUUCGUUAAAAAACCAUGCCUCAGAUAUGUAAAAUAUGGCAUUUAUAUUCUUAUCAUUUAUGUCUUGUGGAUUCAAAUUAUUUCAAAUUAUUUUCAAUAUAAACUAAAUUCGACAAAUAGCAAAGAAAACGGCAUGCUCAAUGAGCGCAUAUUGCCAAAAAAAAAUUAUAAACCAGAAACCCAGUUAAAGAAUAAGAUUAGGCGGAGCCAAGGCACAGAGUCAGAUAAUCGAUCUAGGCACACACUAGAAAUGAUCCCAGAAACUAAUGAUCCAGUGAGGCAUAAUUCAGAAAUAAUCCCAGAAACUAGUGAUCUCAUGAAGCAUAAUCCAGAAACUGGUAAUGGUAAUACCGUGAGGCAUAAUCCAGAAACAAUCCCAGAAACUAGUGAUACCGUGAGACAUAACCCAGAAAAAAUCCAAGAAACGGGUGAUCUAGGGAGACAUAAUCUAGAAACAAUUCAAGAAACUAGUGAUCUAGCACGGCAUAAACCAACGAUAAUAUCAGAUAUCAAUGAUUCUUUGGGGAAUAAACAAGAAAUCGUGUCAAAUAUCAGUGAUUCAAUCAGUAAUAACCCAGACAUCGUUUCAAAUAUCAGUGAUCGGAUUCGGCAUAAACCAAAAAUAAUACCAGACAAUCCAAUGAGACUUAAUCCAAUAUUCAGAGGACAUUAUAUAUUGAAUGAUGUCAAUAUAUGUGCUAGUCCGAAAUCUGCAAACGUCAUUGUUGUUGUCCAUACAGCUCCUGGUCAUUUUAACCGAAGACUUGACAUUCGCGAAACAUAUGGUGCGCGUAAAUUGUUCUUGCCUACCGAAGUUCGUGUCAUAUUUCUUCUAGGCCGCGUAGAAAACCAAACUUUGCAAGAUAGAAUUUUCAAUGAACAUUCUAAAUAUGGCGACACAAUACAGGGCGAUUUUAAAGAUGCGUACCGUAAUCUGACGCAUAAAGCAGUGAUGGGUUUACAUUGGGUUUCUCAUUUUUGUUCAGAUGUCAAAUACGUCAUUAAGACGGACGAUGACGCUGUGUUUGAUAUGUGGAGGUUUUUAAAAGAAGUGUAUGCUAAAAAUCUUUAUGUAUCUAAAACAAUAUAUGGUAUAGCGCGUUAUAACGAUCCUAUUCCACGAUCGGGAAAAUGGAAAGUGUCACCCAGAAGGUUAACCGGAUUUACAAAUUAUCAAUUUCAAUUUUGUAUUGGCUUUGUUCUCAUAAUUAGUGCUGACGUCAUUCCUGACUUAUAUCGUGCUUCUUUCAAAGUUCCAUUCUUUUGGCUGGAUGACGUGUAUUUGACAGGAAUGUUGCGAUCUGCCGUUGGUGCAAUUGAAAUUAUAAACCAUAGUGGAAAUUUGGCAUUAACUCCUAGGGAAGACGGCCUUAGAUGUUUACAAGCAUUUCCUGAACAGUGUCCUUAUUUAGCCGUUGGUUCCAUAAAUUCAAACAUAUAUAGGGUGUUGUGGGAUUUGUUUAAAAAGAGAAAUGAGAAAUAAUAAAUGUUUUAAAAGGUAAUGCUGUGUUUGUAAUGAUGUGUAUAAUAAUCCAGUGCAGGAUAUGUGACUAACAAUUUAUUUAUUCAGAAUAAUAGUUUAUGAACAUAGAGGUUCUGACCACAGGCGUCUGUAAAGUUGGAAAUCUUUAAAAAAAAAAUAACAGAGUCAAAUAACUCGGCUCUAUUAGUACACGAACGGAUCGCCCAAGUCAACUAAUUAGACCGGGAGCCCAGGGGGUCAACCUAGCUGAAAAGUGUACCAAUUUUCUCCUAUAUGGUAUCAAUGUGUGUAUAUCUGGUAUCAUCAGAAUGUAAGUCUGCCGGGUUUCUGGUGGUGGGUGUGGUAUUCCACGCCCUAAAUGCCAUGACCCCCAACUAGGCUAGAUUAGCUCAAAAGUGUACCACACGAAAAUCUUACUGCAGUGUACCGUACAUCUUCAGGUAUUACAAAAACACUCUGACAGACAUUUCUAGUGGCGGGGUACCCCUGACAGAGCUAUGUAAUUGCCAGACAUUUCUAGUGAUGGAGUAUCCCUGACAAGAGUUAUCUAAUUUCCAGACCAAACUAAGGCUAGAUUAGCUCAAAUCUGUACCAAAUAAAACAGCUUUGGAGUUGUUCAGUACCACCACAGGAGUCAUGAAUGACCACUGCCAGACAGUUUGUGCGGUGGGUUACCCCUAACAGACACGCCCAAAAUAACACGACCCCCAACUAGGAUAGAUUAGUCGGCACGUGCUUUCUUGUGUUAUUAUUGUCAUAAAGUACCAAGUGGAAACAAUAAUUAACCCCAAUUUUAGCUGUCUAGCCAAGACAGACCCCAAACACACGAAGGCAACUAGGUUAAGCUCUGUGAAUAGCAAUAUGGUAUAGUAAGAUACCAAGUUUAUCCUUAUGACAAUAAGUAGGCCAGGUAAUGCCCCCAAUAGACUUGAUAACCAAUAUUACAUUUGCCUGAAAUAUAAAGAAGUUGUAUCAGUAUUGUGCUUGAAAACGGCAAUAGCAUAGUUGUUAGAACGCAGCCCCAAUUAAAUA